CGCAGCGUUCAAAACGCUGAAUCUAUAUCUUACACACCUAGCGUACGUUCGCGGUUUUCAAACGCGCGGGAAAAAUAUUUUUCACUACGCACGCCUCGGAACUUGCCAAUCGUUCAUAACUCGAGUUUCGUUCAGUACCAUCACACGAUCGCGGAAUUAUAUUUUUGCUUUUUACUGAAAAUAUGGACGCCUUAAAUAACUUAAAUGAUGCAGAAGCUGUCUGUAUAGUGUAUUCGUUGUAUAAAAUUAAUAUGAGACAAAAAAAAGAUAAAAAAAUUAAGCGUCGUUGGUGGGUACAUCCACUUAACUUAAAAAGGCCGCGUGAAGGACAGUUUCAAGUAACUUUUUUGACAUUAAGGAAAUAUCCAGAAGAGUUUUUUAAAUAUUUCCGUAUGUCAAUUAAAACAUUUGAUGAGCUGUUAGAUAUCAUUGGAAGAAAGUUGAAAAAGCAAGAUACUGUGUUACGGUUAUCUAUUCCACCUGAAGAAAGACUAACUGUUACAUUAAGGUACUUAGCAACCGGGACCAAUUUUUCAGCUCUACACUUUGAAUUUUUAAUGGGUGUUUCGUCCAUUUCGAAAAUUAUUCGCGAGACAUGUGAAAUUAUUUGGACACAAUUACACCCAAUUGAAAUGGCACCUCCUACUACGGAACAAUGGAUUGAUAUUGCUGCUGGAUAUUUCGAAAAAAGCCAAUUUCCUAAUUGUGUGGGUGCUGUAGACGGCAAGCAUAUUAGAAUUGAAUGUCCUCAAAACAGUGGAACGCUUUAUUACAAUUAUAAGAAUUUUUUCUCAAUAAUUCUUACGGGAAUUUGUGAUUCAAAUUACUGUUUUCGCGUUAUUGACAUAGGGUCAUAUGGCAAAGAAAGCGAUUGUAAUAUUUUCAAACAAUCAUCUUUUGGUAAAAAACUGUAUUCUGGCCGCGUCAACUUUCCAUGUGAAAAAACAUUGCCCGGAGACGAACAAGGUGAUCCUCAGCCGUUUGUGUUAGUCGGAGACGAAGCUUUUGCUUUGAGCAAGCAUUUAUUGAGGCCGUUUCCUGGGAGAAAUUUAAAUGAUGAACGACGUAUUUUCAAUUACCGUUUGUCUAGAGCGAGGCAACAUAUUGAAUGUACGUUUGGUAUAUUAUCAAAUAAAUGGAGAGUAUUUCAUUCAAAUAUUUUAGUUGAACCGGAUUUUGCUAUUUUAAUAACUAAAGCAUCUUGUGUCUUGCAUAAUUUUGUGCGUCGUAGAGAUGGAAUUCACAUCGAAGAUACACUUAAUUGUACGUUUGGAGAUGUGAAUGAAAAAAAAGGAGUUGGAAAUGCUCCAUUAGAAGCAAAAAAUGUUAGAGAAUAUUUUGUAAAAUAUCUAAACAAACCGGAAUUUUCAUUAAGUUGGCAAAACAAAGUUGUUGAAUAAUAUGACCAUUUUAUAUGUCAUACAUUUUUAAGCAAAUGGUUUUAUAUUUUAUUAUUUAUUAUCAUUAAAUGUUGUAA